AUGAGUCUAGUAUAGAACAGAAAUAUAUUCACAUUACUCACAGGAGCAGCGGUCUUGACUGGAGCCAGUGUUCUACUUCUAAAAUUUCUGAAGAAACCCGAUACAAACUCAACUAUUGAUCCUCAAGUCAUUGAUAGGGAAGUCAUCAUCAAAGUCUUGAAGGAAUUGAAGAAGGAGCUGUUCAGUGUGUUUCAAAAUUUUGCAGCUGUCGCCGUUAACAUCAAACAACAAUCCAUGGGCAGAGCCAGACCUGAAGACAUUAAGAUGAUGCUCUUAGAACAACCUAUGUUUAGAGGAGAAAUAGAAUAAGUCGAAGAGAUGGUCUAUACCCAAUUCAGAAUUACCAAGUAGUAAUUCGAGCACUAUUGCCAACAUAUCUAUCGCGAUGACCCUAGUGUCAAAGAGUUAUAAAAGCAAAUGAAGGAAUCCUUUGAUAGAUCCUUUUCAGGCUAAUCUCCAGAUCCUAAAACUGAUAUCCCAGCCUUUCUUACUGCCGAUACAACUUUUGAAAUCCUAGAAAAGGUCAUGACUGAAAGUGCCUUGAAAUUGAAUGAAAAAUUGCUUGAAUUCCAAGACAGAGGCGAACAAAUCAAUUUCUAAAGCCCCAAAAUGAUGGAAAUCAUGCAAUCCCUCAAAAUGGAUAGUUCUAAAAAGGAUAUCCUAGAAUAAUAUGGAUUAAAUAAAUUCGAAGAUCCAGGAAGCAAAAUCUUACAAUAUGCCACUCAAGUCUACAGUCAAUAACAAAAUAGCAGUUUCAAUGUCAAAAUGAAAUAACUAGAUAUGAAAUAUCAAUCCAUCAUGGAAUAACUCAUUAUGCAAGGUCCCAUGAGUAAUGAAGAAUUGAAACAAAGAAUGGAGUAAGUCUCAUAAUAGUAAUCCUCAUUCCCAUUCUAAGGUGUUCAAGAUGUUCAAGAUGUUCAUGUACCACAAAUUCCUCCCAAAUAAGAAGAAUAGAAAUAGGAAGAAGAAUAACCAUAACAAGCCCCAUUAGAAAAUGGAAAUGAAGAACCUGAAAAUCAAAAUCAAGAAGCUUAAUAAGAAUAAUUACAAUAAGUAUAAUAAGAAGAAGAAAUUCAUGUAAAUCAACCCUAAGAUAACCAAGCCCCAGAAUAAUAAUAAGUGUAGGAAGAGAACUAAUAAAGCAGCUGA